AUGAAUGCAGCAGCUGCAGCGCUGGAUGCUGCAGGAAUCUCCAGGCAGUCGCUGGACCAUUUGCUCAACCACCUCUCCACCUCUGCUCCGGCACCCCAGCCCGUCAGGCUGCUGCCGGCUUUGCCUGCACCGGGCCCACGCGCUCCGCGUACGACUGUCAUGCUGCGGAACUUGCCCAACAAUUACACGCGCAACAUGGUCUGCACGAUGAUGGACAAGGAGGGCUUCAGGGGCUUGUACGAUUUCAUCUACCUGCCCAUUGAUUUCCGCUCGAAGGCCAACCUAGGCUACGCUUUCAUCAACCUGAUCGACGAGCCUAAGGUCCAACAGUUUUGGCAGACCUUCGAUGGCUACACGAAAUGGGUUCUGCCCAGCGCGAAGGUUUGUUCCGUGAGUUGGAGCGGACCACAUCAAGGGCAGCAGGCACACAUUGAUCGAUACAGGGACAGCCCCAUCAUGCACGGCAGUGUACCGGAUGAGUUCAAGCCAGCAAUUUUUGCCCAAGGCAGGGUUUUGUCAUCCUGCGAGGUGUGGAAGCAUGAUGUCGUAAUGCUGCGUCUUGAGUGUCAACCCUAG